AUGUCCGAGAUUGGUUUGGAAGGAGCGCCGAUAAGGGAAACAGUGAUCGCAGAAGGAUCAGUUUCGAAGGGAGAAACGUCAGUGCUACAAGCAGUGGUAGCAGAGUCUCCGAAGAUAUUGCCGGGAGUUCUGUUAGCGGAAGGACCUAGUGGAGGAAAAGGAGAAACAUUUGAAGGUGGACUGGGAGAGGGAGCGCUAGUAGGGGAACCAGCGAUCACAAAAGUAUCGGUUUCGAAGGCAGAAACUUCAGUGCUACAAGAAGCAGUGGUAGCAGAUUCUCCGAAAAUACUGCCGGGUAAUAUAGGAGGAUUGGCCAUAAGCGGAACCACUGAAGAUGAAAUCAUAUCCGCGUCAGGGACAGAUGCUGGAGCAGAAGAAACUGGAGUGAUUGAGAGACGAGAAGCUUCGGCAGGCGGAGCAGACACCAAAAGAGCUCCCACAGUUCUAGGUUCAACCGUUGGUAAACCAGCAACCGUCAUUGCUUUGGUCACACCGAAUGGAGAAGUUGUUACUGGAAAGGCUGGAGCUCAUGCCAUCGCAUCGAAAAACAACAAAGCAUCCAAAAAGAAGGAGAGAUAA